AUGGUAUUGUUUCCCAACAACACAGUGGCCCAGGUGACAGAAUUCCUAAUGAUCUGCUUUCCAGGGAUGCAGAACACACAGUACUGGCUGUCUAUACCUCUAGCUCCUCUCCUGGUUUUGGCCCUUGGGGCCAACUUUGUGUUAUUACUUGCCAUCCGACAGGAGGCCUGUCUGCAUCAGCCCAUGUACUACCUGCUUGCCAUCCUCUCCACGCUGGUUGUCAUCCUCUGCCUCACAGUCAUUCCCAAGGUCCUGCUUACCUUCUGGUUCAACGUGAAGUCCAUCAGCUUUGCGGGCUGCUUCCUGCAGAUGUUCAUCAUGAAUACCUUCCUUCCCAUGGAGUCCUCCACCUUCCUGGUCAUGGCCUAUGACCGCUAUGUGGCCAUUUGCCACCCACUUCGCUACCCAUCCAUCAUCACCGAACAAUUUGUCGUUAAUGCACCCAUCUUUACUGUCUUCUGCAAUCUGUUGGUCACACUGCCCACCCCAGUUCUGGCUGCCAGGCUUACCUACUGUGCCAGCAAUGUGGUGGAGAACUGUAUCUGUGCUACCAUUUCUGUAGCAAGGCUCUCUUGUGAGGAUAUUCGCCUAAGUAAGCCCUAUCAAUCUGUGAGUGUCUGGUGCCUAUUAGGGUCUGAUCUGGUGCUCAUUUUGCUAUCCUACUGCUUCCUCCUGAGGGCUGUGAUGCAUCUGAACUCAGGGGGUGCAGCCAGCAAAGCCUUGAGUACUUGUGGUUCUCAUCUCAUCUUUAUACUUUUCUUCUACACAUUGCUUCUCGUCUUCAUCUUCACAAACAAAGCAGGAAAGGAAGUGCCCUCAGAAGUGCCCAUUCUUCUCAAUGUCCUGCACCACCUCAUCCCACCAGCUCUCAACCCCAUAGUUUACGGGGUAUGA